AUGGAGGACCAGCUGCAUCUUCUUCAACAAGCUCAACUGAAUCACUACGCCAGUUUGACUAUUACGCAGAUCAUCGAAAAUGUUUUUCAACAAGACUCCUGCCAUUUGAAUCACGUUUGCCUCCCGCUCAACAGAACCAGGGAUAAAGCCAACCGUUUUGCUUACGAGUCUUGCCAAAAAGUGAAAAGAGAUCCAAAAGUUCUUCGAACCACUACGAAUCGUUUGUACAAUGAUAUUGCUUUCGAUAUAUUGAAAUCUACUUGGAAAACACCACAUGCCAGAAAGAAGGUACUACUAGCAGAGUUCGUUCAAAAAGGGUAUGGAUGCCGGAGAUUGUCCUUUGCCAGGACGACAAACGCGGCGGAGGUGUUUCAUAAGAAACUUCGUGGAUUGUUAGCAAGAAAAACGCAUCCUCCCUUUGAGGAACUCAUCAAUGCUUGCAGAGAAUAA